CAGCGUCCGUAGGACAGACCGUUGACAGCAGUGAAGAGCAGGCCGAAGUGGGUAAACAAAACAAACAUAUGACAUAAAGAGCGAAAACAACCGCGGGGUUUGAGCGGAUUUUCCACAUAUAUGAUGUGUAACGUUAUUCUGCAGCGUUUCGGAUUCCGUUAAAGCAACGAGCCGUCAGCAAAGAGAGGGCGUGCACCUGUCAAGCUAAGUAGGUUAACUUAGCUACCUUGUGCUAGCGUGUUAGCAAGCUUGCUGGCUCCUUGAAGCUGCUUAGGACAGCUGCCUGCCCGGCCAUGUCGUCCCCUUCCUCCUCCUCCUCCUCUUCCUCCAGGCGCCAGUGGUGCUACCUUUGCGACCUACCAAAGAUGCCCUGGACUGUGGUGUGGGACUUCAGCGAGGUAGUGUGCCGCGGCUGUGUGAACUACGAGGGAGCCAAUCAGAUUGAAUUCUUAAUAGCGAGCGCCCGACAGCUAAAACGAACUCACGGGAUGCAGGACGGGAACGUCAGGUCACCUGGUCCCUCACCUAGUAAACACAGUGCCACCGGGAGAGGAGAGGCGGCGGCAGACGGAGGCAGGCCUCACACCGACCGCUUUGACAGAGGAGGAAGAGGAGAAAGCGCCGGAUCGGCUGUUCGUGUGCCGCCUAACGGGCUGCAUCGUGAGGGACAGCCGGCUCAAGAGGUGAACCGCCAGAGCCCCAGCGGCAGCCGGAGACCCAUGAUAGGGGCUGCCAUCCCUCCCAGUCUGGUAACGCAGAGUAUCGCAGGAAUCCCACCCGGGCUACUUGCGGGCAUGCCACCGGGUCUGACAGCCAGGACAUCCCCCAUGAGUAGUCCUAUGAUCUUUCCUCCGGUGCUGGCCGAAAUGAGCCGAAGGCAGCUGGGAAUAGGAAUGGGUAUCGCCCCCUUUAUCACUCCAGAACUGGAACGAGAGCUCAGCUCUUCCCAGAACCAGCCCAAGAUACAGACGCAGGUCCACAGCAGUGUGACUAGUGGCAAUGCUGUCAAAAAUACAGGCCUCCCAUCUUCAUCCUCUUCCAUGGCAGGAAGCGUGAGCCAGACAAGCCCAAAGCCUGCUUCAUCUCCUGCCAGGCUGCCACGACCCCCUGCUGCAAGGUCCGGAGGGGAGCCCCUGGGGUCCAGCACCUCGGCAGAAGCAGCCACCACAGCUGCAGCGUUGCCCCACAGUGGUGCCUCUGAGCUGGGAUCAGCAACCACCAACAGCACCCAUUCAACGGGGAACACGCUGUCCUGCAGCUUAUGUCACGAGAGGCUGGAAGACACACACUUUGUUCAGUGUCCGUCCGUGCCAGGACAUAGGUUCUGCUUCCCUUGCACCAGAGUGUACAUCCAGAGCCGACGGGGGGACGGAGAGGUGUACUGCCCCAGUGGAGAGCGCUGCCCAUUGGAUAACUCUCCCAACAGUCCCCCUUGGGCCUUCAUGCAAGGAGAAGUUUCCACCAUACUGGGCAGUGGUGGAGCAGGAGCUGCAGCAGCUGGUGCAUCUGGAGCCGGGUCAGGGCCUGGACCUGCAGCAUCCACUACAUCUGGGGCAGGGGGUGGAGUUGCCAGUGGAGCCGGAUCAGGGAGUGGAGAUGUUGCUGUCAAGAAAGAGAGAGAGACAUGAUGGUAGUUUCAAUGGAAACAAGCUCCCAACAUAGCAGCAGGCAGUUGUAUCACAUACACAAAGGUAAUGUCUGCACUGGACUGCUGAGAAAUCCUGAGGAGUGACAACACUCAACACUGCAACCCAUAGCUUGGAAAACCUUUGUUAUACAGGUCCGCCCACUUAUACCAACCAGUUCUAUCAACAUUAUCAGACCCUGUCAGACGCCUGACUGAAGCUGCAAAGACUGCCUUCACAAACUGUAAUUAUAUAUUUUUUUCUUUUCUUCUUUUCUAAAUCAGUGUUGACUUUGCCAACUUUUAAUGUAAAUUUUGUCGAAUGUGAAUUCAAUUUGUAUGAUCACUUUAAAUAUCGGAGCUCACCCUCGCCAACUCUGGAACACAAACCUGUGUCAAAUUGUCAUUUCAGAAAACAGAGAUCUUAGUGAAUCGUCGCCACAAUUUUUUUUUUUUAUCAAGACGGUGAAUGUGUAACUGAAUAGGUCAGUGAAAAUAGCCAUCACAACGUACUGCUGGAAUCAGAUAUUCAGGACCAAUCAACAAUUGAAGAGUGGCUACUUUUGUUCUUCAUUAGCACUUGCAGCUGAAGCAACCAAUUGACUUCACCAGCUUUUAGCAAGAAUGUCUCACUUCAAAAAUCUUCAAAAUGCACUUUAAGAAAAGAUGUUCAACAACACAAACCAUUAUCAUGUCCUUAUUUAUCCAGAUAGUCGCUAGUUAAUUAAGGCUAGGGUAUGUAAUAUGGUUUUGACACUCUUAAUCUUAUUUCAUGUCCAGAAAGUAAAUGAAAUAGCCCUGUUAAUACCAUAAUAAACACGGAUUGACCUGCACACAGCCUGCCCGUGCUCUCGCAGCAAAUGACUGUAGGCUUCACAAUGAACCGCUAAAGCAGAGAUGAUAGCCAGAAGUUAGAGAGUGAUUCACUCUUUCUGGAAAAUAUUUGUACUGAAUUGAGCGUGAGCGAGACAAGAUUCAAAGAAUGAACUGGUGUUUGCUCACUGUGACUGUUCCAGACUACUACCUGUUCCAUUCACAAAUCAACUUAGUUGUACAUCAGACAGAUUUUUUCCGUUUACUUUGACCUAAAGUUCGGAAUGGCAGUGCAUGUGUUUCAUAACUGGCUGGUUUUAUUUGCUGAAUGAAACUAUUGACGCUUUUCCACGAUACAAUUGUAGCAUGGCUCAGCUCUGCUUUUUUUUUUGUUUUCCUUGCAUUUCCAUUAGGGAUCGUGCCUGGUACUUUUUUAGUACCUGCUCUGGCGAACAACCUGAGCCGAUACUGAUCGGUCAGAGAGUGUCGUCACUGGAAGAGUCAUGAGCGCAAUGUCCAACA